GCCAGCCUAAGGAAGGUAGAUGAAAUUGCAGCUUACCUACACAGCUAAAAUUUUUGCCAAGUCAUAAAAUUAUGAACAAUAAAUUAUGCUGGACAAGUGGGGAGUCACUUGGGACAAUAUGGCAGAUACCCAACAAAAUUUACCUAUUUUUUGCUGUUAUUCUGCUAAUGACUAGGCCAUUUGAAUUUAUAUAUGCAGUAUGUGAAGUUAUUAUUGUGAAAUUUGGGAUUGUAUAUAUUAACAGAUACUUUCUCAGUUCGUUUAACUGCGGAUGUGAAUCAAUAUAUAUUAUCUAAUUUUUUCAAUAACAUUUAAUUAUUGCAGUUGAACUAUAAUAACCAACUAUGUUCAAAAAGUUUGAUGAAGAAUCUGUGUCGGGGAGCCAGCAGCUGAAAUCUUCUGUGCAGAAAGCCAUUCACAGGAAACUGGCCGAGGAUUUCCCGCUCAUUGAAGACUAUAUUGCAACCAUCCUGCCUAAGAAAGAUCCUUUUAAGAUAAUCAAAUGUCACGAGCACAUAGAAAUACUGGCAAGAAGUGACGGUGAGCUUCUCUUCUUCCGCCAAAGAGAAGGACAAUGGAUGCCCACCCUUAGACUCCUACAUCAAUGUGAGGCCAACAUCAUGUGUCCGGGCCUCACGUCACCCAUGGCCCGCAUGAGUGAUGUUAAGGAAGGUGAGGCCAACAUCAUGUGUCCGGGCCUCACGUCACCCAUGGCCCGCAUGAGUGAUGUUAAGGAAGGUGAGGCCAACAUCAUGUGUCCGGGCCUCACGUCACCCAUGGCCCGCAUGAGUGAUGUUGAGGAAGGCACGGUGGUGGCUGUGAUGGCGGAGGGCAAGCAGCACGCCCUCAGUGUGGGCAUCACGAAGCUCUCAUCAGCCGACAUCGCGAGCAAGAACAAGGAUGUAGGCGUCGAGAACUGCCAUUAUCUUAAUGAUGGUUUGUGGUACAUGAAGCCUCAUAAGUAAUGCUAAUUAGUACUAAUUAAAUGAUGGUUUGUGGUACAUGAAGCCUCAUAAGUAAUACUAAUUAGUACUAAUUAAAUGAUGGUUUGUGGUACAUGAAGCCGCAUAAGUAAUACUAAUUAGUACUAAUUAUUGUUUUUUUCACCGCAGUGCUCUUUUUUUGGCCUCUUUUGGCCUUUUUUUUGGCUUUGGCCUU